UGGCCCUGGCUGGCAGUUGGCAGCGCGCGCUGGAGGGAAGGGUGCGCCUUGCGCCCCGUGCCUACUGUGCCUGUGUUGAGGUUUUUCUCUUUAAUGUAUACAUUAUUCAUGGAUUGAAGAAACCAAAAUGACUGAAGAUAAAGAGACAAAGCACGGAGGACACAAGAAUGGAAGGAAAGGAGGACUCUCAGGCAGCUCCUUUUUCACCUGGUUUAUGGUCAUUGCCUUGCUGGGAGUCUGGACUUCAGUAGCUGUCGUUUGGUUUGAGCUUGUUGAUUAUGAGGAGGUUCUAGCCAAAGCAAAGGACUUCCGUUAUAACUUGUCAGAGGUACUUCAAGGAAAAUUGGGAGUCUACGAUGCUGAUGGUGAUGGAGACUUUGAUGUGGAUGAUGCCAAAGUUUUACUAGGCCUGACCAAAGAUGGCAGUAAUGAAAAUAUUGAUUCUCUUGAGGAAGUCCUUAAUAUUUUAGCAGAGGAAAGUUCAGAUUGGUUUUAUGGUUUCCUCUCAUUUCUCUAUGAUAUAAUGACUCCCUUUGAAAUGCUAGAAGAAGAAGAAGAAGAAAGCGAAGCCACAGAUGGUGUUGAUGAAGGACCUGGUGGGGUAGCCAAGAGAAAAACUAAGGCUAAAGGCCUUAAAGAAAGAACUGCUUCAGAGCCAAAGUUCCCAGCAGAGGACGCUGAGCCACACAUUGAGCCCGAGGACCAGGCUCCCACGGGGACAGAACCCCAGAAUAUUGAAGAUGAAGUAAAGGAACAAAUUCAGUCCAUCCUUCAUGAAAUGAUACACACAGAACAUGGACAAAACUUACAACAGGAAGAAGAGGGGCCGGCAGGAGAACUACGGCUGGAGGAGGAAGAUUUCCUUACUGCAUCUCAUGUCGAUGAUAGACUUGAGACUCUGGAACCUGAAACAUUUCAUGAAGACUCUGAGGAUCAUUAUGUGGAAGACACAGUUUUACAAGACCAUCAGGAUAUGGAAGAGAUAAUAUAUGACCAACUAAACUCAGAUUCCAGUGAACCACUAGCAGAUGAUGAACGAUUGUACCAGGAAGCAGGUGAUGUAACAUACCAAGACUAUGGUGAACAAGCAUAUGAACCUUCAGAAAAUAAACCAAUAGAAAUUUCAGAUAAUGCUAUAGAAGAUUCAAAUGUAAUUUUAGAAGAAGUAAGUGUUCCUCCUGUGGAAGAACCCCAGGAAGUAUCACCAGAAACAAGUAGAAAAACAGGUGAUCCAGGACAAAAAGAGAAAGCUAAGAAAAAGAAGCCUAAACUUUUAAAUAAAUUUGAUAAAACUAUUAAGGCUGAACUUGAUGCUGCAGAAAAGCUUCGUAAAAGAGGGAAAGUAGAGGAAGCCGUGAGUGCGUUUGAGGAGCUGGUGCGCAAGUACCCCCAGAGCCCGCGAGCAAGAUACGGGAAAGCACAGUGUGAAGAUGAUCUAGCUGAGAAGAGGAGGAGCAACGAGCUACUCCGCAGAGCCGUCGAGACCUACCAGGAGGUGGCCGGCCUGCCUGGGGUCCCCAGCGACCUGCUGAAGCUGACUUUGAAGCGGCGGUCGGAACGGCAGCAGUUUCUGGGUCACAUGAGAGGAUCCUUGCUUACCCUACAGAGACUGGUUCAACUGUUUCCUAGUGAUACUUCUUUAAAGAAUGACCUUGGUGUGGGAUAUCUCUUGAUAGGAGACAAUGCCAAUGCCAAGAAGGUGUAUGAAGAGGUUCUGAAUGUGACACCUAAUGACGGCUUCGCCAAAGUCCACUACGGCUUCAUCCUGAAGGCGCAGAACAAGAUUGCGGAGAGCAUCCCCUAUUUAAAGGAAGGAAUAGAGUCUGGGGCUCCAGGCACCGAUGAUGGGCGAUUUUAUUUCCACUUGGGAGACGCCAUGCAGAGGGUUGGAAACAAGGAGGCAUAUAAGUGGUAUGAGCUUGGCCACAAGAGAGGACACUUCGCAUCUGUGUGGCAGCGCUCGCUCUACAAUGUGAACGGACUGAAGGCCCAGCCCUGGUGGACCCCAAAGGAGACCGGCUACACGGAGCUCGUAAAGUCUUUAGAAAGAAACUGGAAGUUAAUCCGUGAUGAAGGCCUCGCAGUGAUGGAUAGAGCCAAAGGGCUUUUCCUGCCCGAAGAUGAAAACCUGAGGGAGAAGGGUGAUUGGAGCCAGUUCACGCUGUGGCAACAAGGAAGAAAAAAUGAAAAUGCCUGUAAAGGAGCUCCUAAAACCUGCACUUUAUUAGAAAAGUUCCCUGAAACAACAGGAUGUAGAAGAGGACAGAUCAAAUACUCCAUCAUGCACCCUGGAACUCACGUGUGGCCACACACAGGACCCACCAACUGCAGGCUCCGAAUGCACCUGGGCUUGGUGAUACCCCAGAAGGGCUGCAAGAUCCGAUGUGCCAAUGAGACCAGAAUGUGGGAAGAAGGCAAGGUGCUCAUCUUUGACGACUCCUUUGAGCAUGAAGUGUGGCAGGAUGCCUCAUCGUUCCGCCUAAUAUUCAUCGUGGAUGUGUGGCACCCAGAGCUGACACCUCAGCAGAGACGCAGCCUUCCUGCAAUUUAACAGGAAUUCCUGCAGCCUUGGGGCAUUCUGGAAAGAUGCUACCUUCCUGGCUCACUGUGGGGGUGGACACAGAAGUUCUGAUUCCAUGCCUUGAAUUCAAUGACUUGCAGCACAGAAAGCUUUGAGCUUCCUCUUGGAGUUAGAUGCUAAAUAGAAACACCCUGCCAUAUCUCAUUUGUGGCAGCACUGACUGUAUGCCCGUGUUUAAGGUGAACACUUGGUAGCUUCUGCCUUGCCAGCCAAAGGUAUUUUUGCCAUGUAGAGUAGGUGUCAAUCAAUGUACAAUGAGAGUAUAUGUAGAAACUGUGAACGGAUUGCUUUAGUUUGUAAUUUUUCUAUACAGUUAUAUUUUUCUAGGGUACUUAAACUAUUUUGCAUCAUGUACCACUACUUUUUUACUGACUACAAUGAUAAGCUUUAAUUUUAGCUGUAUAAAUGCUUUAUUUUGAGCUGUUUAAUGGUAACUCUCCUGGAGAAUUUAGACUUCCUUUUCUUUUUAGUAGGAGACAGUCAUGAAAAAGGCAAUUUUAUUUUCUUAUACAAAAGAGGAAAAUGUAAUUAUGUCAGUGUCUGUUAUCUGUACAGAUCCUUACUCUUGAAUCUGCUUUUUUAUCUCCACUGAGAUCUAGUGUUAUCUUUGCUCACUAUGCAAAUGGUAGAGAUGCUGUCACAAUUAUUUCUUUCUGAGAAGGACUUUUUAUACAGAAAAAACACAAAAAAUCAUUUUUUUACUAUGGUAUAAAAAUAUCACAUGUAAAUUUUUUAGUGCCAAAUAUUAGGGCUUGAGGAAAAGAAGGUAAGGUUCUGGAAGCAAAUAAUGCCUCAGCAUUAGGCAGCUAGGUAGGCACAAGGGCACCUGGCUGCUGGGGUCUCUGCCAUGUGUGGCACAGGGCCUAGGACUCCAGAGAGGCUUUCUAAUGUAGAACCAUUUGAGUGGCAGGAGGAUAGCCUUCGGUCCUUGAUGUAGUUCUCAUCAUAAUUUCAUAAAUGUAAGAACAGCAGAGCAGACAAUCCAAGGAAUACUAGGUCUUGGGUGCAAGAGGUCAAGUUGGCUUUUCUUUUUGAAAGGGUUUGAAGAUUCUUGGCUUGAGAAACUUCUGCCAGUUAAACAUUAUUUUAAGGUAGUAUCUAAUAUCCAUAUUUAGUUUUGAUACUACCCACAACUUAAAAUAUCAGCUGAAAGUGGCCUUGUCUUCUUAUUCCAAAGAGGAUCAAGUCAGUAAUCUAGGAAAGUAGUGUUGUAUUUGAUUUUGUAUUUUUUAAGAUAAAGGUAAUUACAAGUGUUAGUUGCCAGAAUGUAGUGGUAUUUAUGCACUGAAUUCUAAGCCAGCAUGAACAAAAUUACUGCAGGAGUAGCACGUAGGUCACCAACUUAUAUGCACAGGUAGAAAACCCAAUUGUGCUUUUUUUACAGUCUUAUGAAGAGCUUCUGAAAUAUCUGCCAUGUUCUUAAAAUGUAAUUCUGUUCGUUCUAUGUGGUCAAUGUUUGAAAAUCCCACUAAAGAGGAUAGAAAUUCACGGGAGGAAAAAAUAACAAAGUUAAUACUAAAAUCCAGAAAAAAAAUCAAACUCUUGAAAAAUAAAAAAGGUAAUUAUGUUCUUCCGUAUUUAUUAAACAGGAAAUGACUGACAAAGGGCAAUACAAUCCAGUAUUCAUGUAGUGCCAUUCAUGUUACUUAUUGAAUUUGGUUUCCCAUGUAAAUCACAUACAGGUAAACAAAUGCAAACCAUGUGUUGUUGUUGUUGUUGAACCAAUCCUCUUGCAUUCAUUUAAAGGAACUGUGCAAAAGAGUUAAAAACUAGCUUUUAACUUAGUAAAUACAAUGUGGUAUUUAACAAAGGUUCACUACAGUAGGACUCUAAAUAUUGCCAAUUGAAAAGCUGUAAGGAUCGUUACUGGUCCAAAGGGCUGGCAAUAGUCGACUCGGAUAGCAUUUAAAUACUUGGAUCUCACACAUUUUAAAAACCCAAGCAAUAAAGUGGACUUUUCUAAUUCAUUUUAAUUCUUCAUUUCUCAUACUUAUAUCUUGUUACAUAAGUAUUUCUGCCACUGCAUUGGUAAAGUGAUUUCAGUGUUACAAUUUUAUGAUUUGAAGUUCUGUGCAAAUGAAUUGAUUUUAUUUAUAUUGUGAUGCAAUUGUUUGAGAAAGAUUUUUAGUUCUAAUUCAAUUAUGUAUUUCCAAGUUUAAAUAUAAAACUGACUUUUAUUAUUCUCUACCUGUAAAAAUAAUUAAAACAUUAGAUCCUUUGAAGAGUAUCAUAAACUUUUAAGAUUAACUAUAGUAUCUGUUGCUGGUGAUUAUGGCCAAUUGAAUCAAUCACCUGGUUGCUUUGAAUUGUUCACCUAACAGAUCAACUCUCAAAAAUAUUUCAUUGUAAAAUUACUUUUUACUGCCCAUUAUCAACUAAAAUAGUUGAGCUUCGACGUUAAGCACCAAUUGGUUAUACUCAUUAAUGGCAUGUCAUGCAGUUGGCUGGUCAAGUAAGAUAUGUCUAAAAAUAUACAGCUGAUCUUGGGAAACAUGACACAAAUAAUUGCCUGUGACAUCUUUUUAUUUUACAUUGAAUUUCCUUUGAAUGGAUAGGUGGGAACUCCAUUUCUAAAAAUAAUAGAUAAAUAAAAUGAUCUUUGGCAUUUUG